AUGCUGCACACCGAGGGCCACGCUCUUCUUCGGGCGGUGGGUCAGGGUAAGCUUCGCUUGGCCCGUUUGCUUCUGGAGGGAGGAGCCUACGUGAAUGAGGGUGAUGCCCAGGGGGAAACUGCGCUAAUGGCGGCCUGCAGGGCCCGCUACGACGACCCUCAGAACAAGGCGCGCAUGGUACGCUACCUCCUGGAGCAAGGCGCGGACCCCAACAUCGCAGACCGUUUAGGACGCACCGCGCUCAUGCACGCUUGCGCCGGGGGUGGGGGAGCCGCAGUGGCCUCUUUGCUCCUUGCCCAUGGCGCAGACCCCUCAGUCCGAGAUCACGCUGGCGCUUCUGCGCUUGUCCACGCCCUGGACCGCGGGGACCGUGAGACCCUUGCCACGCUGCUGGACGCCUGCAAGGCCAAGGGCACGGAGGUCAUCAUCAUAACCACGGAUACCUCGCCCUCGGGCACCAAGAAGACCAGGCAGUAUCUCAAUUCCCCACCGUCCCCGGGGGUAGAGGAUCCUGCACCCGCUCCUCCUAGUCCAGGGGUGUGCACGUCGCCUUCUGAAGUCCAGCUGCAGACUGCAGGAGGAGGACGGAGCUCGUUAUCCCCUCGCGCCCAGGAAGAAGAGGAGAAAAGAGACGUAUUUGAAUUUCCUGUUCCUAAGCCCCCUGAUGACCCUUCCCCUUCCGAGCCUCUCCCCAAGCCGCCUCGACAUCCUCCAAAACCACUCAAAAGGCUCAACUCUGAGCCCUGGGGCCUUGUGGCUCCUCCUCAACCGGUCCCUCCUGCCGAAGGGAGACCGGGGAUGGAGCGCCUGGCCGCUGAAUUUAACGGCCUGACCCUAACCGGUAGACCGCGUCUUUCCCGGCGUCACAGCACCGAAGGCCCGGAGGACCCGCCCCCAUGGGCGGAGAAAGUGACAGGCGGGGGUCCUCUCUCGCGCCGAAACACAGCGCCCGAGGCUCAAGAGUCUGGUCUUCCUGCAGGGCUAAGGCAAAAACUGAGCCGCAUGGAGUCCGUGGAGCUCGAUACCCCUGGACAUUUUUGCCCUGACUCACCCGAGUGCAGCCGCUUAUCCCUGGAGCGCCGGCGAUACAGCGCCUCUCCGCUGACCCUCCCUCCAGCGGGCUCAGUUUCUUCUCCGCGCCAGUCCCAAGAGAGUCUGCCCGGGGCUGUAUCCCCGCUGAGCGGACGGAGGCGGAGUCCCGGGCUGCUGGAACGCAGGGGUUCCGGGACCCUGCUCCUGGACCACAUCUCGCAAACGCGACCUGGUUUCUUGCCUCCUCUCAACGUCAGCCCCCACCCUCCCAUCCCCGACAUUCGCCCCCAAGCCGGAGGUCGGGCACCCUCACUGCCUGCCCCUCCUCAUUCUGGGGCACCAGGGUCUCCCAGGACCAAGCGCAAGUUGGUGAGACGCCACUCAAUGCAGACUGAGCAGAUUCGCCUGCUAGGGGGUUUCCAGAGUCUAGGCGGGCCAGGGGAACCAGGGCGCUGA